AUGGCUCAGGUGAAGCCAGAUCCGGAUUCCUUGUACAUCAAGCCCGACCCCGAUAGCAAAGACGCGCUGCUGGCCGAUCUUGACGAUGAGGAUAUCUACGAGGACGCAGGCGACCUCGAUUUUACUCAUGCGAACACCAAUGUGUGGAUGUCGCGGCUUCCAAGGGCACUUUGGGAAAACUGGGCCCAGAUGGAUGAUGACGAGGAGAUUGAGAUCGGCACGAUGAGAAUCGAGGGAGAGCCAGGCGAUUUAAAGAGAGUCAGCUUGCGACUCCACGAACGCCCUGAUAACCAAGAUAUCCCCAAAGACUACACUUUCCAACAACAAACUCUCCUCACAGAAAAUGCAUCUCACAUUACAGAAAAUACGUAUCACUUUACAGAAAAGGAUGUACCAGGGGCUGAGAACCGUAUGGCCGUAUUUGGGGAGACCCGAUCAGCCUUGUAUGAGGCCAUGAAGCGAGAUGCGCGUCGGAGAGAACAAGGCAAGAAGUGGGAGCCAUACGUUCGAAAGACAGUCCCUAAACAAACUGCGCUGCUCGGUCAAGUGACCGAAGAGUUCAAUUGUCUGCCUGUUGAAAACGACGAGUUUCGACGAAUCUCGGAGCAGAAGGCUCUCGAUGCCCUCAAGCCGAAGAAAGAAACCCAAUUCAUCGAGCGGGUUCCCGGCAAGGUUCUCCAAAACCGUGCCGGCAUGCCUGUCGCGGGCAACACAUUUGUGCAAACUACAGCGGCUUCCAGAGUCAGACCGCAGGAAAACAAGUCCAUUCGUAUGCCGCAAAACGAACUACUCGACAAAAUCUUCGAAUGCUUCCGUCAGUACAAAUACUGGCCUUUUAAGGCUCUCAAAAAACAGCUCCAACAGCCUGAAGCUUAUCUUAAGCAAACUUUGGAGAUGGUCGCCCACCUGGUCAAAGCUGGAGAUUUCGCCAUGACAUGGGAGUUAAAGCCCGAGGCGCAACAGACUAACUACGCCGCUAUGUCAUUCGGGGAGGUCAAAGCUGAACUUGCACCAGGAGGAGACAUCCACGAUGACGGAUCUGAUGAGGACCCGACCGCGUCAGGAAUGGGCACGGAUCAUGACGAUUUUCAAUUCGAGAAUGCUUAG